AUGGUCACAAGGUUGGAGCGUGCGGUGACUGUGGACAGGUUGGAGAACGUAACGCACACCGUGUCCCGCAUCCUGGACGGCUACGACAUACGCCUGCGACCGAACUUCGGAGGCGAUCCGCUCUACGUCGGCAUGGACCUAACGAUCGCCAGUUUCGACGCUAUUUCCGAGGUCAAUAUGGAUUACACAAUAACACUCUAUUUGAACCAAUACUGGAAGGACGAACGUCUCGCGUUCGGCUUGUCGGACGAGGUUCUGACCUUGUCAGGAGACUUCGCUGAUAAGAUCUGGGUGCCCGACACUUUCUUUGCUAACGACAAAAAUAGUUUCCUGCACGACGUGACGGAGCGCAACAAGCUGGUGCGUUUGUGCGGCGAGGGCGGGAUCACGUACGGCAUGCGCUUCACCGCAACACUGGCCUGCAUGAUGGACCUUCACUACUACCCCCUCGACAGCCAGAACUGCACCGUCGAGAUUGAAAGCUAUGGGUACACGGUGUCAGACGUGGUGAUGUACUGGAAGGAGACACCAGUGCGCGGUGUGGAGGACGCGGAACUGCCGCAGUUUUCUAUACUCGGAUAUGAGACUAAUGAUAGAAAGGAAAAGUUAGCAACUGGCGUGUACCAACGCUUGUCGCUAAGUUUCAAGCUCCGCAGAAACAUAGGCUACUUCGUGUUCCAAACUUACCUACCAAGCAUUCUCAUAGUGAUGCUGUCAUGGGUCUCUUUCUGGAUCAAUCACGAGGCUACGUCUGCGCGAGUUGCGUUAGGUAUAACGACGGUACUAACAAUGACUACAAUAAGCACGGGCGUGCGCAGUAGCCUUCCGCGCAUUUCGUAUGUGAAGGCCAUCGACAUCUAUUUGGUGAUGUGCUUCGUGUUUGUCUUCGCCGCACUGCUCGAGUACGCCGCCGUCAAUUAUACGUACUGGGGCGCGCGCGCAAGAAAACGCGCCAAGUUAAAGAACCGCGAACAAAUGUCCAGCAGCACCAGCAUGGAGAAAGAUAUUAAAUGCUCCAGUGGGUCUCAUAGCCAUGAGGAAAUCAUAGCGCUGCGCGAAUGCUCGAGCGCGGGGCGGGUGUCGCCACUGCUGGGGCUGCGCACGCGCCCGCUGCCGCCGGUUGCAGGCGCUCCGCCUUCACUGCGCCUGCAGCGUGACCACACACACCUGCGCUACCGCACAAGGCCUCAUUCCAGAAACUCCAGGAACGGAGCAACUGGCAAGCCGAAGGUGAUCCACGCGCUUCGCCGCGGAGCGACCGUCAUCAAAGCCUCCAUGCCGAAGAUCCGAGACGUCAACGUCAUCGACACUUAUUCUAGAGUCAUCUUUCCCAUCUGCUUCCUUAUAUUUAAUACUGUUUAUUGGGUAUUUUAUAUUUUUGAUUGA